AUGACUGCAACAGUGUCUUCGCCGUCAACGCGGCACCCCUGCCCAGAUUGGAAGUGCUGGCAGGAGCCCCCUGAUGAUCUUUUGAUUUCUCUGUCAAGCGACCAACUUCAUCACGAAGACCCCUUCCAUGAUUAUCUCUGCUUCGAUAUGGUUGAUAGGGAGGCGAAUCAAGCGCCGGUGAGUUCAGAAGCCGUCGAAACAAAGAAGACUGUUAAGGGAAGAUCAUACAUCGGGGUGAGGAAGAGACCUUGGGGGAAAUUUGCGGCAGAGAUCAGAGACACCACCAGGAAUGGGAUCCGAGUUUGGCUGGGAACGUUCGAGACAGCCGAGGAGGCUGCUUUAGCAUAUGACCAAGCUGCAUUCACCAUGAGAGGCAACAACGCUGUUCUUAAUUUUCCGGUGGAAAAGGUGAAGGAGUCUCUGCAACACAUCAAGUAUGGCUGCCGCAAAGGGCAUUCGCCUGCUUUGGCCCUCAAAGAGAGGCACUACAUCCAAAGAAAACAGUCGUCAAAGGCUAGGAAAGGCAAAGCCAAACAGCAAUCAGAGGUGGUGGUGCUGGAGGACUUGGGUGUAGAAUAUCUGGAGCAACUUCUCAGCAUAUCUGAUCAAACUACAAGCUAGAUAUAUACUCGAAUAAUCAAACGUGUUUCACAACUGUAUUGUUAUCGUUUCUAUCUAAAUAACCAAAUGUGUCUUUCUACUAAAUUUGGAGGGACCCUUCCUUC